AGCUAUGUGUACGUCAGGGAACCGGUAAUUGCCUUCGUGUCAUUACCGGUUCCCUGACAUACACGUAGCCGUGUGCGUUCGUGUUGUUUGGUUUUGGGCACGCUGUCUGCUGUUGACGUAAAAGACGACCGUUUCUACCGGCGGUGAAAACGACACUGGCCGUCUCUCCGGUCUCUCCACCCGGCAUCCGCCGCUCUGCCACACUGGCCCCAGGCCCCAGCCAUGGAGGCGGCCCCUACCCCCGAGGCGGCGCCGCACAUGCUUGUCAUCCCCUUCCCGGCGCAGGGCCACGCGCUGCCGCUCCUCGACUUCGUCGCCCUCCUGGCGGCGCGCGGCCUCCGCCUUACUGUUGUCACGACUCCGGCAAACCUCCAGCUCCUCUCCAAUCUCCUCGCCGCGCACCCCACCGCCGUCCGCGCCGCCACCUUCCCGUUCCCCUCCCACCCGUCCCUGCCCCCGGGGCUCGAGAACACCAAGGGCUGCAGCCCGAGGCACUUCCCCGCCUUCGUCCACGCCUUGGCCGAGCUGCGCGGGCCCAUCCUCGCGUGGGCUAAAGCGCAGCCCGAUCCCGUCGUCGCGGUCGUCGCCGACUUCUUCUGCGGAUGGGCUCAGCCGUUGGCCCGCGAGAUCGGCGCCGCGGGGAUCGUGUUCUCGCCGUCCGGCGUCCUCGGCACCGCCGUCCCGCACUCGACCUUCCGCCGCCUGGUGUGGCGCCCCGCGGAGUGCGACGACGACGACGAGUUUAGCGUCUUGUUCCCGGCGAUUCCCGGCGAGCCGUCGUUCCAGUGGAGAGAGCUCUUGAUAAUGUACAGGAAGUACAUGGCCGGCGCUCUGGACGAGCAGGUCGCCGCGUCGGUGAGGCAGAACUUCCUGUGGAACCUUCACGACAGCUGGGGGUUCGUGUUCAACUCGUUCCGGGCGCUGGAGGGGAGGUACCUGGAGCAGCCGCUCGAGGACCUGGGCUUCAGGCGCGCCUGGGCUGUGGGCCCCGUGGCACCUGACGCAGACGCCGUCGGGCUCGCCGAACUCAGCGCGUGGCUGGACGCGUUCCCGGAAGGUUCGGUCGUGUACGUGUGCUUCGGGAGCCAGGCCGUGCGGAGUCCCGCCGUGGCGGCGGCGCUGGCCGAGGCGCUGGAGCGCUGCGCCGUGCCGUUCGUGUGGGCCGUGGGCGGCGCCGUGGUCCCGGACGGGUUCGAGGCGCGCGCCGCGGCGGUGGGGCGCGGCGUGGUGGUGCGCGGGUGGGCGCCUCAGGUGGCGCUGCUGCGGCACCCGGCGGUGGGGUGGUUCCUGACGCACUGCGGCUGGAACUCCACGCUGGAGGCGGUGGCCGCGGGGGUGCCCAUGCUGGCGUGGCCCCUGGUGGCCGACCAGUUCUUCGACGCGCGGCUGCUCGUGGACGAGGCGCGCGUCGCGGUGCGCGCGUGCAAGGGCGGCCUCGGCUUUGUCCCCGACGUGAGCGAGCUGGCGUCCGUCUUGGCCGACGCCACCGGAGAGAAGGGGCGCCACGUCAGGGCCCGCGCCAAGGCGCUCGCGGCGGAGGCCGCCCGUGCGGUGAAGCCAGGCGGGAGCUCGUACGCUGAUCUAGAGCUGUUGGUGCAGGAAAUCCGGAAGCUAGCUAGCUCACUGCAGGAGCUGAGCAGCCAAUGGCGCAUGCUGAACUCCCAUCUACCGCUUGUCCUGCGCGGUACAGAAAUAAAGCAAUCAUCUUCGUCGAUAAAGCAGAUACUUUCAGACAUUCAGGUUUAGUUGUUUUCCCCGUUGUACUACCGUACUUGAAGAGGUCAUCAGGAAAGCUGAACUUCGCUGUAGCUUGAACCUUAAUAAUUGCCUGUUCCAGCGUCCUGAACGAUUUAGAGACAUCAGUAACCACUAACCACUGCUCUGAGAGCUUUCUCAUGCGUGCACACGAGUAAUUGGUUUCUGUUUGGCACUCACAGUUCUGCUGUAUGUUUCGCAGGAACUGAGCAGCUAAUAGCGCAUGCUGAACGCCUGAACUCCCAUCUACCGCUUGUCCUGCGCACUUGCGCGCGCAGUACAGAGCAGCACAAUCAGCUCUGUAAGCUGCACCUCGCGUAAGCACCCAAACUGGCAUCUUCUGACGGUGCUCGAGGUUAGUUCGUCAGUGUCGCUGCCCUUUCAACAGAUGCCACAUUGCCACUGUACAAGACUGCAACCGCAAGCAUCACGCACAUUGUUUUCAGCUCGAUUCCCAUGGGAUCUAACUUCACCACACUGAAAGUUCAUGCAAGAAGGGCAAGUGUCGUGCUCACCAAAUCAUUUGAACGCGACCUACUCAACUACCUCUCCCCAGCCCAGAUUCCUACUGGGCUGGCUCUAGAUUUGUGAAGCUGCAAGUGAGAAAACAAACACUAGAGGAGCCGCCAUCUGAGGAAGACGAGAAACAUGCGGUGUCCGAUUCCCAAAUGCCGACGUUUGAGUCGACCUGCCCGGACCCCCCAAUGCCAUGACAAUUUGACGGAUCAUCUGAUUAGGAAAAUUGGCGAGGCAGCAACCCAUGUGCCUCCCCUGCCGGCUUUCCAGGGCGAGCUGGAGGAGAGGAGAGGAAUCUUGGCGUCCCCCCUGCUUUUAAGCGCGUCUGCUCCUGCAUCAGCAUCGAUCAGGACCUUCCAAUCACUAGUUGUACCCAGUACCCCUUUUCUCCCCAUUGUUUCAACCCAAAGCAAAGCCAAGAGCCUUCCCGGGCUUCCUCAGCUGAAAACCCGCGGUACCUCUGCAAAAACACGUUUUGACGCUCCGCUGGAGCCGAGUUGUGAACCAUGUGGGCAAAUUCCCUGGAAGCAUAUGGGUCAUUAGGUCAUCUGAGAGCUGGCAGCUAAACUACUCAUGUAUCUUGCACUAGAAUCAAAUUACUGUCUUAAUCUGAAAGUGUUAGAUGCUGA